GGGGUGGGUGGGGUAGGGUUGGGUUGGGUGGGGUGUAUGUGGGUGGGGAUACGGCGCGCGCCCUUCUCCCCGCAGCAGGUGCAGUCCUCUCCCUCUUCCUCCUCCUCCUACCGUUCCUGUCUGGACUCACCUACAGCUUCCCAGGGAGGACAAGACACCCCCACCCCCACAGGCUUGACCCCUAGAGGAUCCCCGCCCGCAGCGCCCGGUGCCUCCCCCAGGUUCACCCACAGCAUGCUACCUGCAGCCAUGAGGGGUCUCGGCUUGGUGAUACUCACCCUGCUGCUGUGCCCCGUGCCAGCUCAUGGCCUGUGGUGCCAGGACUGCACCUUGACCACCAACUCCAGCCACUGUACCCCGAAGCAGUGCCAGCCGUCAGACACUGUAUGUGCCAGCGUCCAGAUCACUGACCCCAGCAGCAGCAGGAAGGAUCAUUCUGUGAACAAGAUGUGCGCCCCUUCCUGUGACUUCGUCAAGCGGCACUUUUUCUCAGACUAUCUGAUGGGGUUCAUUAACUCUGGGAUCCUCAAAGUCGACGUGGAGUGCUGCGAGAAGGACUUGUGUAACGGGGUGGCUUCAGUGGUGGGGCACAGCGCCUGGGCCCUGGCUGGGGGGCUCCUGCUCAGCCUGGGGUCUGCCUUGCUCUGGGCUGAGCCCUGAGUUCUGCCCUCUGUAGGGCUUUGGAGCUUGUCCCUGAGCCUGUUGUUGCCCCUCCCUGCCUGGCUUGGUGGAGGCCUGGGCAGGGUUCCCGGAACUGGGGUCUGUACUUUCAAAUGUGAGGCCUCACUGCCUGUCCACCAGCACUGCAUCCCAGGCAGCUGGGCUUUUCUAAGGUGUCCAGGCAGGAGGCCAGGGGAGGGCAGGGGGCUGGGACCCCCAGGUCCCUGAGGGGAAUUGAGGCUGAGCCAAGUGCAACCCAGCACCCUGGCCCAGAGGGCAUCUGCUUACCAAGAAAUAAAGUCACUUCUGAGUUCUGA